CGGUCACGCUACAAGCAGCUGUCAAAUUCAUUUGUUUGCGUGUGCCUCUGAUUUUGCCGAAAGCUUGAUUUGGAUUAAACUCUAUAUUAGAUUAAGUACUUAAUUGUAAACGUAAGAAUAAAGACAGCAUGCUACACACACUAUUUUUCGUGGCAUUAGCACUAAUCAGCUGUCUGCCCAGCAAUAACGCUGCCCAGACCAAUUUUGUGACGUGUGGCUCAAUACUGAAACUGCUCAAUUCCGAUUAUUCGUUCCGCCUGCAUUCCCAUGAUGUUAAAUACGGCUCUGGAUCGGGUCAACAAUCCGUGACUGGCGUCGAGCAAAAAGAGGAUGUCAACAGCCAUUGGACUGUGAAGGGGCAGAAUAACAAAAUGUGCGAGCGUGGUGAACCGAUUGCUUGCGGCGCUACCAUCCGAUUGGAGCACUUGACUACCAAAAAGAACCUGCACUCGCAUCAUUUCUCCUCUCCGCUUUCCGGUGAACAGGAAGUCUCAGCCUAUGGCGUCGAUGGCGUUGGCGAUACUGGCGAUCAUUGGGAUGUGAUUUGCUCCAACGAGAGCUGGAUGCGUGAUGCGCACGUGCGCCUGCGACAUGUUGAUACCGGCAUGUAUUUGGGCAUGUCAGGUCGCUCCUAUGGCCGCCCCAUAUCCGGACAAAUGGAAAUCGUGGGACUUCACAGUCCUCAACAUGGCACACGUUGGACCACAUCGGAGGGACUUUAUAUCGUGCCCAAGGAUAAGGAUUCCACGCAUGAGGAAUAUGCUCACACAGAGCUGUAGUUGCAGCAAAUCCUUUAACUAUACUUAAGAUGAUUAAAUUAUAAUUUAGCAGAAUUUAUGUGAAAGCGAAUUAUUUCAGCUGCAAAUCCCAUUUUUGUGUGUGAAAUUAAAAAAACAAAACAUUUGCCAAAUCAACGUUUCAUGUUUUCUAACACUGGAAUAUCAUUUAUAAGAGGUGGCUAGAAAUAUCGAUGUUUUUGCAGAAAGCUUGCGAAUAACAAUAUUUUUUAAAACAACCACUCUAAUGUAAGUUUUUGAAAUAACCAAUAUGAAGACCUUAUUUCAAAACUCUAAAUUCUACAGUACGCGUAAUACGUAAUAGUGCAUUUAUUUUGGGUGCAACGAAUCGAUGCUUAAAAACAUCGUACAAUAAAAAAAAUCGAUGCAUCGAUAGCAACAUCGAAGUUCCCCCACCAUAAGUUAAGCGCGCGUUGUUUAGCUCUCGUGACAGCAGCAAUAUAAUUUAAUAGUUAUAUUUUGCAUUAUUAUAAAACCACUAUUAAGUUUGAACGUAGUUCGUUGCCCAUUACAGCAAUAUCUAAUCUACUUAUCAAUAAUAAUGAAAUUAAUAACUAAAGCACACACAACCAAACCAAACUAAACUAAACUCAAGUAAACACAUUCAGCGAACUCAAUAUACGAACACUAGAACUAGAAUUAGUCUGGUCCAACAAUUACAAUUCAAUAAACAAACAAAACAAAUGAUGACAAUUGCAGAACAACAAAUACAGAUACAACACGAAUACAAUACAAUAACAAAUAUCGAAUAUCCAAUAUCAAAUACCAGGAAUAUGCAUAUUGCUAAUUAAAUUAUGAAUACGUAAAACUAAUUAAACAACAAUGCUCGUAUAACAGCUAUGCCCACACACAUACAUACACUACAAUAGAUAUAUACAGAUACUAUAACCAGCUAUACCAAUAGAUAUACAUAUAUAUACAUAUAUAGUCGUAUACCUAGCCAUAGAUGUAUGUCAAUAUUUGUGCAACAAUUAACGGCAGAGAGACAGCAAAAGAGAGACAAGAAUAAAAAAAAACUGAAAUAUAAUUAUCAAAAAUAUCAAAUAUCUCUUAUACUAUUAAUGUCUGCCUAAAUGUAUACACAUUCUUUGCUGUUUACUAAACGUUUUCAAUAUAAUACUAAUAAUAAUACCCAUAAUAACAAUAAUAUCGUUCUAUAUAUACUACUAUAUUGUACAUAUAUAUUCGUAUAAUAUCAAACCACUUGUAAUGUGCCUUCAUGAUACUCGUAUGAUUAUAAUGCUAUAAACUUCAACUAAAUGCGACUGCUAUGCAUUGCUAUGCCACCCACUACUCGUAUAGCUAACCCGUCUAUCUAUCCAAUCCAGUUCAGUUCACGUCUACGAUAUCCACCUAGAUAUGCCUAUGGAACCUGACACAUUGGAAUCUGACACCCUCGUAGUGCGUUUACGAUCCUGCCGCUAAAACCAAUUAAGCACGGCCAACAAAAUCAAAACUUUUACACCAAUUUUUUGGCUCUAUGUGCAAUUAAUAAACUCACCACUUAAAAAAAAAAACAAAAUAAACUAAAAAUCAAA